AUGUGUACGUCUGCCCGCUCCCCGCGUACUCACUCCCCCCGCGCUCGCUCGCUCCCCCCGCGCGCACUCGCUCCCUCCGCGCGCACUCGCUCCCCCAGCGCGCAUUCGCUCCCCCCGCGCUCACUCGCUCCCCCCGCGCGCAACCAUCCACCCUUGUCACACUACCUCCUCUCCCAUUUCCCCCCUCCCUCUCCUCACUCCCGCACUCCCUCCCACCCUCCCUCACCCCUCCCUCGCCCCUGCUUGCCCCAUGGCUCUCCCCAUCCCUUGGAGCGCAACUCACAGGGGCGGAGGUGGAACAUAAUCUUCUUCGUCUUCGAGCUGUACCAGAUCAAGGUGCGCUCCCCCCCUGCCCUGCUGCCUCCGCUGCCUCUGCUCCCUCUGCCCACUCUGCUGCCUCUGCUCCCUCUGCCCACUCUGCUGCCUCUGCUCCCUCUGCCCACUCUGCUGCCUCUGCUCCCUCUGCCCACUCUGCUGCCUCUGCUCCCUCUGCCCACUCUGCUGCCUCUGCUCCCUCUGCCCACUCUGCUGCCUCUGCUCCCUCUGCCCACUCUGCUGCCUCUGCUCCCUCUGCCCACUCUGCUGCCUCUGCUCCCUCUGCCCACUCUGCUGCCUCUGCUCCCUCUGCCCACUCUGCUGCCUCUGCUCCCUCUGCCCACUCUGCUGCCUCUGCUCCCUCUGCCCACUCUGCUGCCUCUGCUCCCUCUGCCCACUCUGCUGCCUCUGCUCCCUCUGCCCACUCUGCUGCCUCUGCUCCCUCUGCCCACUCUGCUGCCUCUGCUCCCUCUGCCCACUCUGCUGCCUCUGCUCCCUCUGCCCACUCUGCUGCCUCUGCUCCCUCUGCCCACUCUGCUGCCUCUGCUCCCUCUGCCCACUCUGCUGCCUCUGCUCCCUCUGCCCACUCUGCUGCCUCUGCUCCCUCUGCCCACUCUGCUGCCUCUGCUCCCUCUGCCCACUCUGCUGCCUCUGCUCCCUCUGCCCACUCUGCUGCCUCUGCUCCCUCUGCCCACUCUGCUCCCUCUGCUCCCUCUGCCCACUCUGCUGCCUCUGCUCCCUCUGCCCACUCUGCUGCCUCUGCUCCCUCUGCCCACUCUGCUGCCUCUGCUCCCUCUGCCCACUCUGCUGCCUCUGCUCCCUCUGCCCACUCUGCUCCCUCUGCUCCCUCUGCCCACUCUGCUGCCUCUGCUCCCUCUGCCCACUCUGCUGCCUCUGCUCCCUCUGCCCACUCUGCUGCCUCUGCUCCCUCUGCCCACUCUGCUGCCUCUGCUCCCUCUGCCCACUCUGCUGCCUCUGCUCCCUCUGCCCACUCUGCUGCCUCUGCUCCCUCUGCCCACUCUGCUGCCUCUGCUCCCUCUGCCCACUCUGCUCCCUCUGCUCCCUCUGCCCACUCUGCUGCCUCUGCUCCCUCUGCCCACUCUGCUGCCUCUGCUCCCUCUGCCCACUCUGCUGCCUCUGCUCCCUCUGCCCACUCUGCUGCCUCUGCUCCCUCUGCCCACUCUGCUGCCUCUGCUCCCUCUGCCCACUCUGCUCCCUCUGCUCCCUCUGCCCACUCUGCUGCCUCUGCUCCCUCUGCCCACUCUGCUGCCUCUGCUCCCUCUGCCCACUCUGCUGCCUCUGCUCCCUCUGCCCACUCUGCUGCCUCUGCUCCCUCUGCCCACUCUGCUGCCUCUGCUCCCUCUGCCCACUCUGCUGCCUCUGCUCCCUCUGCCCACUCUGCUGCCUCUGCUCCCUCUGCCCACUCUGCUGCCUCUGCUCCCUCUGCCCACUCUGCUGCCUCUGCUCCCUCUGCCCACUCUGCUGCCUCUGCUCCCUCUGCCCACUCUGCUGCCUCUGCUCCCUCUGCCCACUCUGCUGCCUCUGCUCCCUCUGCCCACUCUGCUGCCUCUGCUCCCUCUGCCCACUCUGCUGCCUCUGCUCCCUCUGCCCACUCUGCUGCCUCUGCUCCCUCUGCCCACUCUGCUGCCUCUGCUCCCUCUGCCCACUCUGCUGCCUCUGCUCCCUCUGCCCACUCUGCUGCCUCUGCUCCCUCUGCCCACUCUGCUGCCUCUGCUCCCUCUGCCCACUCUGCUCCCUCUGCUCCCUCUGCCCACUCUGCUGCCUCUGCUCCCUCUGCCCACUCUGCUGCCUCUGCUCCCUCUGCCCACUCUGCUGCCUCUGCUCCCUCUGCCCACUCUGCUGCCUCUGCUCCCUCUGCCCACUCUGCUGCCUCUGCUCCCUCUGCCCACUCUGCUGCCUCUGCUCCCUCUGCCCACUCUGCUGCCUCUGCUCCCUCUGCCCACUCUGCUGCCUCUGCUCCCUCUGCCCACUCUGCUGCCUCUGCUCCCUCUGCCCACUCUGCUGCCUCUGCUCCCUCUGCCCACUCUGCUGCCUCUGCUCCCUCUGCCCACUCUGCUGCCUCUGCUCCCUCUGCCCACUCUGCUGCCUCUGCUCCCUCUGCCCACUCUGCUGCCUCUGCUCCCUCUGCCCACUCUGCUGCCUCUGCUCCCUCUGCCCACUCUGCUGCCUCUGCUCCCUCUGCCCACUCUGCUGCCCUCUGCUCCCUCUGCCCACUCUGCUGCCUCUGCUCCCUCUGCCCACUCUGCUCCCUCUGCUCCCUCUGCCCACUCUGCUGCCUCUGCUCCCUCUGCCCACUCUGCUGCCUCUGCUCCCUCUGCCCACUCUGCUGCCUCUGCUCCCUCUGCCCACUCUGCUGCCUCUGCUCCCUCUGCCCACUCUGCUGCCUCUGCUCCCUCUGCCCACUCUGCUCCCUCUGCUCCCUCUGCCCACUCUGCUGCCUCUGCUCCCUCUGCCCACUCUGCUGCCUCUGCUCCCUCUGCCCACUCUGCUGCCUCUGCUCCCUCUGCCCACUCUGCUGCCUCUGCUCCCUCUGCCCACUCUGCUCCCUCUGCUCCCUCUGCCCACUCUGCUGCCUCUGCUCCCUCUGCCCACUCUGCUGCCUCUGCUGCCUCUGCCCACUCUGCUGCCUCUGCUCCCUCUGCCCACUCUGCUCCCUCUGCUCCCUCUGCCCACUCUGCUGCCUCUGCUCCCUCUGCCCACUCUGCUGCCUCUGCUCCCUCUGCCCACUCUGCUGCCUCUGCUCCCUCUGCCCACUCUGCUGCCUCUGCUCCCUCUGCCCACUCUGCUGCCUCUGCUCCCUCUGCCCACUCUGCUGCCUCUGCUCCCUCUGCCCACUCUGCUGCCUCUGCUCCCUCUGCCCACUCUGCUGCCUCUGCUCCCUCUGCCCACUCUGCUGCCUCUGCUCCCUCUGCCCACUCUGCUGCCUCUGCUCCCUCUGCCCACUCUGCUGCCUCUGCUCCCUCUGCCCACUCUGCUGCCUCUGCUCCCUCUGCCCACUCUGCUGCCUCUGCUCCCUCUGCCCACUCUGCUGCCUCUGCUCCCUCUGCCCACUCUGCUGCCUCUGCUCCCUCUGCCCACUCUGCUGCCUCUGCUCCCUCUGCCCACUCUGCUGCCUCUGCUCCCUCUGCCCACUCUGCUGCCUCUGCUCCCUCUGCCCACUCUGCUGCCUCUGCUCCCUCUGCCCACUCUGCUGCCUCUGCUCCCUCUGCCCACUCUGCUGCCUCUGCUCCCUCUGCCCACUAUGCUCCCUCUGCUCCCUCUGCCCACUCUGCUGCCUCUGCUCCCUCUGCCCACUCUGCUCCCUCUGCUCCCUCUGCCCACUCUGCUGCCUCUGCUCCCUCUGCCCACUCUGCUCCCUCUGCUCCCUCUGCCCACUCUGCUGCCUCUGCUCCCUCUGCCCACUCUGCUGCCUCUGCUCCCUCUGCCCACUCUGCUGCCUCUGCUCCCUCUGCCCACUCUGCUGCCUCUGCUCCCUCUGCCCACUCUGCUGCCUCUGCUCCCUCUGCCCACUCUGCUGCCUCUGCUCCCUCUGCCCACUCUGCUGCCUCUGCUCCCUCUGCCCACUCUGCUGCCUCUGCUCCCUCUGCCCACUCUGCUGCCUCUGCUCCCUCUGCCCACUCUGCUGCCUCUGCUCCCUCUGCCCACUCUGCUGCCUCUGCUCCCUCUGCCCACUCUGCUGCCUCUGCUCCCUCUGCCCACUCUGCUGCCUCUGCUCCCUCUGCCCACUCUGCUGCCUCUGCUCCCUCUGCCCACUCUGCUGCCUCUGCUCCCUCUGCCCACUCUGCUGCCUCUGCUCCCUCUGCCCACUCUGCUGCCUCUGCUCCCUCUGCCCACUCUGCUGCCUCUGCUCCCUCUGCCCACUCUGCUGCCUCUGCUCCCUCUGCCCACUCUGCUGCCUCUGCUCCCUCUGCCCACUCUGCUGCCUCUGCUCCCUCUGCCCACUCUGCUGCCUCUGCUCCCUCUGCCCACUCUGCUGCCUCUGCUCCCUCUGCCCACUCUGCUGCCUCUGCUCCCUCUGCCCACUCUGCUGCCUCUGCUCCCUCUGCCCACUCUGCUGCCUCUGCUCCCUCUGCCCACUCUGCUGCCUCUGCUCCCUCUGCCCACUCUGCUGCCUCUGCUCCCUCUGCCCACUCUGCUGCCUCUGCUCCCUCUGCCCACUCUGCUGCCUCUGCUCCCUCUGCCCACUCUGCUGCCUCUGCUCCCUCUGCCCACUCUGCUGCCUCUGCUCCCUCUGCCCACUCUGCUGCCUCUGCUCCCUCUGCCCACUCUGCUGCCUCUGCUCCCUCUGCCCACUCUGCUGCCUCUGCUCCCUCUGCCCACUCUGCUGCCUCUGCUCCCUCUGCCCACUCUGCUGCCUCUGCUCCCUCUGCCCACUCUGCUGCCUCUGCUCCCUCUGCCCACUCUGCUGCCUCUGCUCCCUCUGCCCACUCUGCUGCCUCUGCUCCCUCUGCCCACUCUGCUGCCUCUGCUCCCUCUGCCCACUCUGCUGCCUCUGCUCCCUCUGCCCACUCUGCUGCCUCUGCUCCCUCUGCCCACUCUGCUGCCUCUGCUCCCUCUGCCCACUCUGCUGCCUCUGCUCCCUCUGCCCACUCUGCUGCCUCUGCUCCCUCUGCCCACUCUGCUGCCUCUGCUCCCUCUGCCCACUCUGCUGCCUCUGCUCCCUCUGCCCACUCUGCUGCCUCUGCUCCCUCUGCCCACUCUGCUGCCUCUGCUCCCUCUGCCCACUCUGCUGCCUCUGCUCCCUCUGCCCACUCUGCUGCCUCUGCUCCCUCUGCCCACUCUGCUGCCUCUGCUCCCUCUGCCCACUCUGCUGCCUCUGCUCCCUCUGCCCACUCUGCUGCCUCUGCUCCCUCUGCCCACUCUGCUGCCUCUGCUCCCUCUGCCCACUCUGCUGCCUCUGCUCCCUCUGCCCACUCUGCUGCCUCUGCUCCCUCUGCCCACUCUGCUGCCUCUGCUCCCUCUGCCCACUCUGCUGCCUCUGCUCCCUCUGCCCACUCUGCUGCCUCUGCUCCCUCUGCCCACUCUGCUGCCUCUGCUCCCUCUGCCCACUCUGCUGCCUCUGCUCCCUCUGCCCACUCUGCUGCCUCUGCUCCCUCUGCCCACUCUGCUGCCUCUGCUCCCUCUGCCCACUCUGCUGCCUCUGCUCCCUCUGCCCACUCUGCUGCCUCUGCUCCCUCUGCCCACUCUGCUGCCUCUGCUCCCUCUGCCCACUCUGCUGCCUCUGCUCCCUCUGCCCACUCUGCUGCCUCUGCUCCCUCUGCCCACUCUGCUGCCUCUGCUCCCUCUGCCCACUCUGCUGCCUCUGCUCCCUCUGCCCACUCUGCUGCCUCUGCUCCCUCUGCCCACUCUGCUGCCUCUGCUCCCUCUGCCCACUCUGCUGCCUCUGCUCCCUCUGCCCACUCUGCUGCCUCUGCUCCCUCUGCCCACUCUGCUGCCUCUGCUCCCUCUGCCCACUCUGCUGCCUCUGCUCCCUCUGCCCACUCUGCUGCCUCUGCUCCCUCUGCCCACUCUGCUGCCUCUGCUCCCUCUGCCCACUCUGCUGCCUCUGCUCCCUCUGCCCACUCUGCUGCCUCUGCUCCCUCUGCCCACUCUGCUGCCUCUGCUCCCUCUGCCCACUCUGCUGCCUCUGCUCCCUCUGCCCACUCUGCUGCCUCUGCUCCCUCUGCCCACUCUGCUGCCUCUGCUCCCUCUGCCCACUCUGCUGCCUCUGCUCCCUCUGCCCACUCUGCUGCCUCUGCUCCCUCUGCCCACUCUGCUGCCUCUGCUCCCUCUGCCCACUCUGCUGCCUCUGCUCCCUCUGCCCACUCUGCUGCCUCUGCUCCCUCUGCCCACUCUGCUGCCUCUGCUCCCUCUGCCCACUCUGCUGCCUCUGCUCCCUCUGCCCACUCUGCUGCCUCUGCUCCCUCUGCCCACUCUGCUGCCUCUGCUCCCUCUGCCCACUCUGCUGCCUCUGCUCCCUCUGCCCACUCUGCUGCCUCUGCUCCCUCUGCCCACUCUGCUGCCUCUGCUCCCUCUGCCCACUCUGCUGCCUCUGCUCCCUCUGCCCACUCUGCUGCCUCUGCUCCCUCUGCCCACUCUGCUGCCUCUGCUCCCUCUGCCCACUCUGCUGCCUCUGCUCCCUCUGCCCACUCUGCUGCCUCUGCUCCCUCUGCCCACUCUGCUGCCUCUGCUCCCUCUGCCCACUCUGCUGCCUCUGCUCCCUCUGCCCACUCUGCUGCCUCUGCUCCCUCUGCCCACUCUGCUGCCUCUGCUCCCUCUGCCCACUCUGCUGCCUCUGCUCCCUCUGCCCACUCUGCUGCCUCUGCUCCCUCUGCCCACUCUGCUGCCUCUGCUCCCUCUGCCCACUCUGCUCCCUCCUUUCCCUCCAUGCAUCCCCUCCUUACCCCCCCUGCAUUCCUUCCUUUCCGCCCCUGCAUCCCCUCAUUUCCGCCCCUGCAUCCCCUCAUUUCCGCCCCUGCAUCCCCUCAUUUCCGCCCCUGCAUCCCCUCAUUUCCGCCCCUGCAUCCCCUCCUUUCCCUCCCUGCAUCCCCUCCUGUUCCCCUCCCACAGCAUCCCCUCCUCGUCAAUUCUCUUCUUCUAGCCCCCUGUUCCCUACCUCGACCAAUCUCCUUCCUUGCCCCCUUCCUCUCUUCCGCACUUCCCCUCUUCCUCUCUGUCCCGCCUUUCGCACUGGCAGGGCGUGUGGUGCGGGCGGUGGUAGUGCUGCCCACCAGAGACCUGGAUGCUCAGGUGAAGCACGUGUUUGACACCAUAGCGCUGGCUGUCGGCCUUGCAAUGGAACUCAUCAACGGCCAAUCAAAGCUCGCUGACGAGGCAACUCACCUCGUACCGCACCCUGCCGCCCGUUCUGGCCCCUAG